GGCUUUUCAUCUUCUGUAAAAGCGAAACCAAAUGCGGGCAUCUGCGCGCGUCUAUUUGGGCUUUCUGCGGAGUUUUUUAAGAGUUGCUCGCUUGCGAUUCUUGUCAUCACACUGAUGCGCUUCACUCCUGCGCGCUCCACCCCGCCUGCUGCCGGAGCGGAGGAGCGCUGGACCAGAGACACGCACAAGGAGGGGAGAGCGAGCUGAUGUUGGCGGCUGUGGCGAGGCUCAGUCUGCCAAUUACAACUACAGAAACAGCUAGAAGAACUUCAUUAAAAGAACUGUGGCGGCUGAAGUUAGUUUAGACGAUCCUCUGCAUGGCCGUUGCACUCGCUCGUUCUGGAGCCUCGAUUAGUGAUUUAUGUGGCUCAAGUGUAUUUAUAGGAAUAGAUGAGUGACUUGAUUGAGUGAUGUCAGGUAGUUAGCGGCUUGCUUUCACAGUUUCCUCUCAGUUUGUGCAUGUGUCAGUACUUGAUCACGCCUCACACCUGACUCUCCAACAAUGAUCGCUGAAGGUCACGUUUCAGCGCGACGCACUUCUCCAACUGCUGUGCAUCUCGUCUUUUGCGACUUGAUUUACAGAUAACUUUUUAAAUCUUAGCAAGUCAAACCGUAAAAAUAAAAGAAAGAAGCAGGGAUGAUAUCUGGCUCACGCGUGCGUUAGAGUCCGCUUUAAAGUCAAGACAAACCGGACUAUGACUCGCUCCAAACUUUGCGCUGCGCUCCUGUGGAUGAUCCAGUGAACCGCGUCAAAUCGCAUGCAGUUUAAUCGUCGCGAUGUUAGGAAGCCCGUCUAACAACGGCGGCAUCAGAAUGCUGGUGCCCCCGGCUCCGAACGACGACAGGCGGGUAGAGUUUGUGGCUCUCACCGCCGUCCACACGGAGAGGAGCGAGCCGUCCACCCCGGAGCGCGGACACCCGUCUCACCGCACAGGUCUGCUGGGCACCCCGCUACCAGGACCUCCAGGACCCCGGGCCAACGCGUCCGCCUCCAGCAAGCGCUUUAGAAAGUUGCAAAAUUUCCUCUACAACGUGCUGGAAAGACCAAGAGGAUGGGCAUUCAUCUACCAUGCAUUCAUUUUUCUGCUGGUGUUCAGCUGCUUGGUGUUGUCCGUGUUCUCCACCAUCCCCGACCACCAAAAGGCCGCCAACCAAGGCCUCUUCAUCCUGGAGUUUGUCAUGAUCGUGGUGUUUGGGACGGAGUACUUCGUCAGGAUCUGGGCGGCUGGCUGUUGCUGCAGAUACCGUGGAUGGCAGGGACGGCUCAGAUUUGCCAGGAAGCCCUUCUGUGUCAUAGACUUCAUUGUGUUUGUGGCGUCACUGGCAGUGAUCGCUGCAGGAACGCAGGGCAACAUCUUCGCCACGUCAGCCCUGCGCAGCAUGCGCUUCCUGCAGAUUCUGCGUAUGGUUCGUAUGGACCGACGAGGAGGCACCUGGAAACUACUGGGUUCAGUGGUUUACGCUCACAGCAAGGAGCUGAUUACAGCCUGGUACAUAGGUUUCCUGGUCCUGAUCUUUGCCUCCUUCCUCGUCUACCUGGCAGAGAAAGAUGUCAACUCAGACUUCAACACCUAUGCAGACUCCCUCUGGUGGGGAACUAUAACUUUGACCACUAUUGGAUAUGGUGACAAGACCCCCCGUACGUGGCAAGGACGGCUGCUAGCAGCCGGCUUUGCUCUUCUGGGAGUUUCCUUCUUUGCCCUGCCUGCUGGAAUUUUGGGGUCAGGCUUUGCCUUGAAGGUUCAGGAGCAGCACCGGCAGAAGCACUUUGAGAAGCGGAGGAUGCCUGCUGCAAACCUGAUACAGGCUGCAUGGCGUCUCUACUCUACAGAUGCCAAACACUCCUAUCUAACCGCUACAUGGUACUUCUAUGACAGCAUGUUGCCUUCGUUCAGAGAACUGACGCUACUGUUCAGUCACCUCCAGCGACAGCGUAACACCAAGAAGGUUCUCCACAACUCCUACCACACGCUGCUGUCUGGGCUGCGGCCCUACAGCUCCCCCUACCUGUCGGGGGACAGCAGUAAGAUGGGCUUCAGGGAUCGGAUCAGGAUGAACAACUCCCGUUCAUCCCAAACCAUUCGGAACAAGGCGUCGCCGCUGCCCCCCGGCUCCGGUGUCCGCCGCUCUCCCAGCCAGGAGAACGUCCCUGAAGCCACCAGCCCGGGGAAGGUCCAAAAGAGCUGGAGCUUUAAUGACCGCACACGCUUCCGCACCUCCCUUCGCCUCAAACCGCGUCCGCCUGCUGAUGUGGAAGGAGUUGGAGAGGACAGUGUGGAAGACAAACCAUAUUGUGACGUGGCCAUGGAGGAGGUGAUCCCAGCAGUGAAGACACUCAUACGAGCUGUCAGGAUCUUGAAGUUUCUUGUGGCCAAGAGGAAGUUUAAGGAGACGCUGCGUCCGUAUGAUGUAAAAGAUGUCAUAGAGCAGUAUUCAGCUGGACACCUGGAUAUGCUGGGCCGCAUCAAGAGCCUGCAGAUGAGGGUGGACCAGAUAAUUGGGCGAGGAACUGUUCAGCCAGAUAAGAAGGCGCGAACCGAAAAGGGAGAGAAGACGCCGCCAGAACUGGACUCACUGGAUGAGCUAAGCAUGAUGGGACGUGUAGUUAAAGUGGAGAAACAGGUACAAUCCAUAGAGAACAAGCUGGACCUCCUGCUCAACUUCUACUCCCAGUGCCUAAAGAAAGGCUCGUCCCACUUCACCCUGUCCUCCCUCCUGGACCCCGACCUGACAUCUGACUACCAGAGCCCCACGGACCAAAGAGACCUCUUCCCCUCUGCCAACACGCUCAACAUCUCCCAAUCCGAGAGCGGCAACUUGGAAUGACAGUGAGCCGACUGUCUGAGCGCCAGACACAAACCCUUUACAGUACGUCUUCCUCAGGCUGAGUCCUCGGCCUAAAUGUCUUGUCUUCACUUCAUUUCAUUUACACUCUGCAGUGAUUUGUCUCGCCCCCCCCUCCCAUCUCAAAUCUGCAUCCUCCACCUUAGUGAAUGUUUCCAGACCUGAUAACAGACAGAGGCCACCAGAUGGCUCCACCUGACGAGGAGCCUCAGCCAAAGCUGCUCACCGCACACGCCUCUCAGCCCACUAGAUGAGGACGGAGACGAGGAAAUGACACAUGAACUAUUACUUGACUACUGAACCACUCUCACCCACUCACCUCAUGCUAUAUAAUCUAUGCCUACUUUAAAGCUUCAGCUGUAGAUAAUCAGACUGUGCGUUGAAGUUUUUCAAAUCUCUGGAGGAAUCUUAUCUUUUCUCCCCGUCAUCAUUUCUUCUUCUUCUUUUUUUUUUUCUUGGCUGCUUGACUCGACUUACUGAGAGUUUUCUGACUCUGCUGACACAGACAGCUCUGCAAGUGCCAUGCCAGUCAUUUUGUUCAGUACUUUGCCAGUCAUAGUCGUGGGGGGGGGGAUGGCGUCACAUUUCUUCAUACUGUGAUGAAUGUAAUGGGUCCCACCUGCAGUUUUGCAUUCUCACCAGACAAACUAAUAAGCACUGAAGGAGCCAGACGGAAAGUGCUUCCUUGCACCUGGACGGGCAGACUCAGCUGACCUCGCCAAACGGUACACUGUCUCACCCCAACAAGGGAGUUUUAAAUGUGUAAACCCUGCUUUAAUAGCCCAAACGGAGCUACAAGAAUGUGUUGGACUGACUGGUGUUGUUUGUUUUGAUCUCCCUUUCUUUAAAGUUUGAUCUCGAACAAGCCCACAUGCAAAAAAAAAAACCCAAAACGCAAUACAUAGUUCCCUGUUUGGCUGGCAUUCAAAUGAGGAAUGGUCCUACUUAUUGAGGAUUUAAUCAAGCCAAAAUGUUCUGUCACAGGUUCAAACUCCCUCCUCUGCUCCUUGACUAUUUCAGCAUCGUAAAGUUAACGUGCCCUUUAAACCUCUUUUGUCUUGCAGCCCACACUUCCUGACGUGCAUGCUGUCCCGUAGAUAAAAAAACCCCUCACAGAUCCUCACUUUCUCAUCAUGUAGCCUCAGGUCAGGUUUACCAUUUCAGCUGGUUCAGGCAGUCAGUAAUACUUCACAGCCCUUCUUAACACGAGGGUACUUCAUCAGAUGUCACUUGCAGAUUAUGCAGGAACUUUUUGGCCAGUUUUGUGCAGUUUUUAAAAGAAAACCAACCUGUCAGGUCUAAUGCAUGAAUUCCAGACCUUUAUCCUCAUGAAUGCACGUGUCUUAGGAAACAGUUCCAGCCUUACAGCUUCAACACGAAGACAGCGUGCAGGGUGCCCAAAGGUGUUACUGACUGUCUUUGCCGGUGCACUUUACUCUCUUCCGUCUUUUCUGGUUUCGUUACUUGUUCGCUCUCUAAACGCUUCUGUGCUGAUGGACAAAACUGGAGCGUGCACACCUGCAAACACACAAACGAUGAAAGCGAUUCCUUUACUUAAAAAAAAACAACAACUUGGCACUUGACAAAUAUAACACGUGUUCUUUUUUUGUCAUGUCUAAUUGUAUCUUUCAUUUGUUUUUGAUUUCUUUACUGUAAUUGUGUUCAUACAGUUGAUUUUAUGCAACCUAGAGCAGAAAAAUGUUUUGUUUUUUUAAUGAUUCUGGUUGUUAAAGUGAAAGUAGGAUUUAAUUUAAUAUAUUUAAUUCAGCUAGAAAAUGAUCUUUAAAAAUAAAUGUAGCAUUUUUCUCGAGUUAAAUCACGGACGGCUCAACUGUAAACCACACGCAGCAGCGGAUCAGGUUCACGCACAUGACUUGCAGAGCUCGUGUUUCUUUUUUUUAUUCUAGAAAUGUCUUCCGAUAAUUGCUGCCAGCUUCGAGUAAGAAAACAUUCAUCACACUGCUUUUGGCCAGUCUAAACAUUUCUUCUGUCCCCUCAUUUAUUUGGUCCAGUCAAGCCAGUUGACUCAGGUGCUCCACUUUUCCAUUUAAGCCAAGCCCCGACUUUUAAACAGUGAAUGUACUUAAUUGCUCGGUGUUUUUAGAUCUAUUUAUGGUCUGUCGCUCUUGCUGCCAGGACAGCGACAGAACUCGCUGUUGGCGUCAUACGAGUUUUUGCAUUCAUUUCAUGGAGAAAUGUUAGUUAGUUGAAUUCUUUGGCCUAGAUUGUAGCAGAGACGCCCGUUUAUUAGAGGCGUCAACAGUGCUGUCACUUCAUCGUCACGUGGAAUGUUGAGCUUCAUGAAAACGUAUGUGAGACCACUGUAUUGCAUGUUGUUGUUUCGUGGUGGCCCCAGUAUUAGAAGAAACAAAAAAAAAACUAAACUUAAGGUUUUCUCCUGUAGAAUCUUGAGUCAAGACAAGAAAGGAAAUGACCUGUGCCUUCUCUGCCCUCGUUCUGUAACUGAUAUGGUACAGCUUUCUAUUUUAAACUUAAAUAUUAAACCUGCUUUGAAGUAUUUCGUAGGUGUAUCACGUGAAGAUAGCCUUGCUUCUUUUACCUUUUUUUUUUUUUGAAAAACCUUAAACUAACUAAAGACACAUUAUCGAAAUUGUUCUAAAGAUUUUACGACUGCUGCGAACUUUGAUAUUUUCUGAGAGUGUUACUACUGUAUGUUCAGCACAUCGAUGUACCUCUACCAGGACCUCCUCGCAUCGACGCCCUCACUGUAUUAUAACACCUGUCAGAGCUGGAGGCGGGAGGCAUGGACAUUUGUUGUCACAGGAAAGUCUGCAGGCAUGUGUCCUUUCAUAAGCAUGUCACAUAGAUCCGAAUGGCUUCCACACAACUACCUCUGAGGCCACUAGGGGGCGCUAGUCUAGGAAAACCGAGUAUGAGAAACGGUAACUGAUUGUCUAACUGACUGAAUGCUAUGCAUGACUCAAUCUGCACGUUCUCUUUUUUCACUUCUUCUUCUUCUUCUUCUUCUUCUUCUUCUUCAUGACGUCCUACCAUCCAUCGUUCACUGACUUGCUGCCAUUUGACAUUCCAGCUCAUUGCUUUUUAACUGCUCUCUUAGGUGUUGGAACUGUUGUUAAAAUGAAACAAUCAAGCAAUAAGCAACACGCUAACCUGUCAAAGUCUUCCGAUUCUAAUUGAUGUCGCUACUGGUUGAAUAAAACAUGGCGCUGAUUUAUUUUCUAAUCUAAUGCACACCUCUCUUUGAUCUUUUAAAGAGGUACAAAAUUGUAUCUGCUGAGGAUAAAAUUAGAUCACUUGACUAACUUAUUAAUUUAUUUGUUUCAAUAAAGCUAUUUGGACUGUA